GAAUCCACAUAUUUGGGAAGUUCACGUCAUCUUCACAUUUGGGUUUGCUGUCAUGUUUGUUGUCGGAGUGCACUUCACUCCUUUUCUGUCUUCCUCGUCUAACUUAAGCAGAUCCCUGUGGAGAUGGAGGACGCGUACAAUGAACUCUUCAGGGAGUUUGUUCACCUCAGAUCAAUAUGCAUACGACAAGCAGCUCUGUUGCAGAAACUGUCAAGGGAACUACACAAACAACAAGUUUCAAAUGGGUAUUUGGAUCAAGAUGGCAGCUUCAGUGGCCUGGCGUCCAUCCCGGGUCAGGGUAGCCAGGAGAGCACUGCACAUUCCCAAGAGGACAGUAUUCCCCCACUAGUUGCAACCAAUCAGAAUGCUGCACCACACACUGAUGUCGGCCAUACCCGCACUGCAGGUGCGGCCCCGUUCUCUGUGCUUCUUGCUGAAGAUAUGGGGAAACUGGGUCUCAAUGUGCCCCAUCACCGUCAAACCCACACAGAGGAACAAGAAGAAGGAGAACAUCCCCAACCUGCGUCUCCAGCCUCAAGGUCUCCGGCCCUCAGUAGCUCUGGUUCGUACCAGGGCCAUCAGAGUGGAGGGAGUAAAGCAAUGCAGCCGUAUGGGACGGCAAGUCCGCUGGCUUGGGCUUACAACCCCCUCCUCGGAAGCGAGGAGCUGAGCAACAGUGGUGGGGAGUUCAUGUCCGAAAUGGAGCUGCAGUCCCAGGUGUGCGAGUUCUGUCACGCCAUCUUCCCCGGACACACGGCCACCCGGGGAGAGUUCCUGCGACACCUCCACACACACAUCACCUAGCAGACUCACAACUUCUUCCUGUUCUAUGAUGAUGCCUUAAAGAGAGAUUACUCUUGUUUUUUACCUGUACAUUAAGAAAGAACUAGCUCGAAAUUAACGUUUUUCUGCUGAAGAAUAUUUCAAUAGUUUUGCACACACGCUUUGAUUGGGUUCCAACCAAAACUAUCCUUAAACCUCUCAAACCAUUGUUAACUGUUUUUACAUCUGCAAGUUUUCGAUUCUGUGUUUUUUUUUCUACUUCUGUUUCCUGUGGUUUUGUAUUUAAAGAAAUGAAACAACCCCUGAAGAAAUGACCAUGAAACCUCAAUCCAAAAGCAGAUCCGCAAAACGUUAUUGUAGCAUUCUGUUUUAAUGACUGCCAUGCAGAACCAUCUUUGUUGCCUACCCAACAGAGGAGGGCUAUGUGUGACAUAGCGCUGAGUGGAUCUGAGUGCUGACAUCACUACUAAAGGUGAGUCAUGCAAGCCUCGUCUGUACAGAACUAACUGUUCCGCACGGAAAUGGAAAGGAAAAAACAGCAAAACAAGAUGGUGUUACUGGCUGUGUGACGCAAGCUGUAAAUUACUAACACACCAUCAGUUAUAGAAAAGGUAAUAACAUAAUUCCUAAAAUGCUAAAAAUGUAUGAAAUGAUGACUCGAAAAAUCACAAGAACAAUUCUUAAUUAAACAAUAAAAUAACGUUUAUUGAGAUUUAAUAAAAUAAAUAAUCUGUUUUUCAACGUGAGGGUGGUGACAAUAGUGAAAGAGAACCUGCAGUUUAAUUGAAUCCUUUACAUCACUUGGCUGCCUGUCUUAUUGUGUAGAUACCAUGUAGAUAUAAUGGACAAUGCAUUUCCAAACAUGGGCCUUCCCACUAUUUCUAUGAAUAUAACAAUAUAACAACAAAACAUUAGCAUAUUCAUAUCUAAUGUAGUGAAGGGUCAGCUGUGUCGGAAAAUGAAGCACCGUUUGAUCAUCUUUUUACCCCAGGUUGAGUGUGUGUGGGAUUGUUCAUCAUCAUUUGAUGUUGUUUGGAUGGGUUUUCGAUCCAAGAGGAAAUCUUGAGGAUGUUAACGUUUUUGUCAUGGAGUCACCACUGAAAAGGCCACUCAUUCAAACCCCCAGAUCCCGGCUGGUAAACACUGCAGUGCACUCGUCUCUACUCCCUCUCGUUUUAUAAGAUUCAAACUGGUAGGUGGCAAUAAGAAACGUAGCAGCCCCUGUGGGAGAGUAGGGGUGUGAGUGGGUGGUCUUUUGGGUUAGUGGGGGUGACUUGAUGACAUAGGCAAACCUCAGCCAUCUGAAAAUGUUCCCACCUAAAAUUUAAGAAAAUGUUUCUCUUUUAAACAAGAUUGCACCAUGGAUAGAUGUGUGUGCGAUUAUAAUACCACAGUAAUGAACACAUCAAUGAUAUUCAGUACUCAGGAAAGCUUGUUUCAUUUUUUCAUCUUCAGUAAAUAAAUAUGGCCCCAUCAUUAUCUGGAUCGUUGUACAGUUGUAUUGUCGUUUGACCUAUUUUAACAACCCGGACACACGAAAACUUUGCCAAGUAAGGAUUAUUUCAAAGAUGUCAGUGACUGACUUAAAUUAUACUGUUAAUAUUUGAGGGGCGUGAAGGUGGGAAGAGUGUGACAAACACAUUACUUCUACACCCUAGCUACACACACAUAUGGUCUCAGUACUCAAAUAACUGAAGGAUUUUUAAUCUGAAUGUAAUUUCUUUAUAAAUUAUAAAUCAUCUCCGGGUUCAUGAGUUGAUGUGAAAUCGACAAGAUAGAAGACGACAGCUACGGUAUAUAUUCAAUGUUGAUUAACCUCUAUUGUUUUAGCAGAUAUUUCAGAAGCUACCCCCUAGCGCUCUACUAUCUACUUUGCCUUACAUCAACACUUUCUAUUACAAUUUAAAUCAUACAUUUGUGUAUGAUUUUAUUUGGUUAGAGGGCAGCAGAGGACAAUUUUCCAAAUAUUGUAGGUUGAUAUGUUAAAAAUGCUGAACGAUAUUUUAAAGAUUACAUUUUUCCCUAACGUCAUUCAAAUAACCCUGCCUACUUGAUCAGUGCCCCCAUCCAGUUCAUUCCAGACUCAUCAACUCUAAAUACCACCAUGUCUACUAAGUGUGGGUUUGGCCACCUAUGGCUUUCUAUUACAUACCCAGACUUGCCAUCCUAAGGCUGAGGAACCAUCAAUCAAGACAGGGAUAAGUCUUAUAAUAUGGAUUUCUUCCCCCUAAAAGCCACUUUUGUCGAUUUUCUAGUAAUUGAUGUGAGAACUUAAACCUGCUCAGUUACAGUCCAUAUAGUACAUGAUGUGUUGAAGUUGAGAUGGAGGUCUGUACAUACGAUGUAGUGUACCCCUUGGGAUUUUUCAUUUCCCUCUGUGGUCCAAAUCCUCCUUUGUGAUGAUAGGGCUCCGGCUCCUACACGCUAUUGCACUCCCCUGUUCCUCUUUACUCUCGUAAUCUGUGGAAAACAAACAAAACAAAAGUUGCGUAAAUAAACAUCCUGUCUGUGAU